GAACCGAACUUGGGGCGGGGCCUGAAUAGUCUGAAACUGUGGCGCCGGCUGCGGGAAGAUGGCUGCUCGGCCGCGGAGGCCUAUCUAUGGAAUUGCAAAGCAGCCACGGGGUGACUUCUGUGAUAGGGCUAAGAAGGCGAUUGAUGAACCUUCUUUUACGACUUCCAUGGAGUGGGACACGCAGGUGGUGAAAGGGUCUUCGCCGGUCGGCCCCGCAGGGCUGGGGCUGGAGGAGCGGCCGUCCCGCCCGCGGCUGCCGCGAUGGCUGCAGCCCGAGCGGUGCGCCGUGUUCCAGUGCGCGCAGUGCCACGCCGUGCUCGCUGACUCUGUGCACCUCGCCUGGGACCUGUCGCGGUCCCUCGGGGCCGUGGUCUUCUCCAGAGUCACAAAUAAUGUAGUUUUGGAGGCUCCGUUCCUAGUUGGCAUUGAAGGCUCGCUCAAAGGCAGCACUUACAACCUUUUAUUCUGUAGUUCCUGUGAGAUUCCCAUUGGUUUCCACCUAUAUUCUACCCAUGCUGCCCUGGCUGCCUUGAGAGGCCACUUCUGCCUUUCCAGUGACAAAAUGGUGUGCUACCUCUUAAAAACAAAAGCCAUCAUAAAUGCAUCUGAGAUGGAUAUCCACAUCGUCCCUCUAGCAGAAAAGGUUGCAGAGCUGAAAGAGAAGAUAAUGUUAACACAUACCCGCUUAAAUUCACUCAUGAAAAUUCUGAAGGAAGUGCGUCCUGACCAGUCCAAGCUAACAAACUAAUUCAGAAUCAGAGGUUGAGUAUCAGAGGCAGGCCUUAUUGCUGUCUUCAACAACAGGUGCUGUUUGAUCACUUCUCAAGAAACAUCAAGAAUGGAUAGGAAAUGUGGUUAUUAUGUUUACCUCUAGACUGAUUUUCCAAGUGAUUUGUGAAGCUGUUUCUAGAAGAUGAGAAACAGGAGACUUCUGUCCAGGUUUCAUAGCUAUUUGUCUUAAUUUAUUUUGGCUUCUUAUCAAUUUCAUAAUAUUUAUUUUUGAAAACAUUCUGAUUGCAAAUUUAAGAAUUAAGAGCCAAUGUCCCAUGAAUGCUCUGAUCUAAAGAUGCAUGACUGGCCUGAAAAUAGAGUUGUAGUUAUGUUAAUUAACUAUUAUUCCUACAUGGAGCAAUUGUCAUAUGAAUACUGAGAAAUCAUUUUUCUGUUACAUGAAAUACAAGUACAUACAUAUUUCUGUAGGUAAUGUUCAACAAGUUAACUCUGUAAUAUAUAUUUAUCUUGACCUUUUCAGUUUACAACUGAAAAGGAAUAGUAAUAACAGGAUAGUAAUGAAAGGAAUGAUAAAAACACCAAAUAUUCACCAAAUGCUAUUUUCUCAUUAUUUUGCUUUAUGUAGCACUUUGAUUCAGUAGCUUAUCAUGUUAUUCAUUUAGUAGCUAUAAAAUAUUACGCUAGCUGCUAGAAAUAAGCAAAAACCACUAUUCUGUAUCUUCGGAGCUUAUAAUCUAGUUAGAGAUGGACAUUCAAAUAACCACAUGAAGGCAUUUAAAAUUACAACUGUAGUAAGGGUUUUGAGGAAAAGGAACUUAAGAGAAAUAAACACAUAUAGCAGGUAACUGACCUGGUUUGGGGGUCAGGGAAGGUCUUUCUGUUGAAGUGUUUCAGCAGUGGUCUGAAAGAUUAGUAGGAGUUAAUAAGCUUAUAGAGGGAACAGCUUAUAUGAAGGCCCUGUGAGGCCCUUAAAAAGACAUGUAGGAGUUGUAAUAGUGUCCAGAAACCAGAGGCUGCAAAGCCUUAUUGGCCUCCUGAAGGAUAUUUGUUUUUAUCCCAACAACAAGGAAAAGCUCUUGGAAGAAUUUUAAAGGAGGAAGCCUGUGACAGGAUCAAAUUUUCUUUUUCAGAAUCUCAUUACGGUUGUCCUGUGAAGAACCUAGAGGGAGGCAAGCAGACCUAGAGGGGCUGGUGCUAGUACAGUCAAGAGAUGAUACAGCCAAGGGGUGGUGUGCAGACAGGGUAACAUGGUUCAGACAUGGCAAGUAGAUUUAAUAGCAAGUUCUUUCCCUUUUUGACUACAUAAAGGGUAUUUUCCUUUAAAAAUAUUUGAGAGGGAAAAUUCCAACUUGCUUUAUGCUUUAUAGUUUGCAAAAUUUGGUUAAGUAAGGAGGAAGCCUCUGGCAACAAACAGUACCAGAAAAGCUCUAUUCCUGAAGAAUGAGACCCAGUAAUAGUCUCUAUUGAAUCAUCCUGGGGUUUGUACUGUGUAUGGGUAUGUCUGCCUCAACAUAUUUAAUCUAAAUUAAGCUCGUCUUAUGUAGCUGUUUUCCCUAACUUUGGAUUUGCUGUUUUGGUAAACUUUCAAUGGAAAAUUAAAUGCUUGAACUUGACAUCUAAUUAAGGUGGCUGACUUUAAAUUUUUUUCCCAAAUGCAAAUCACAUGUUUACUCUAGAAUCAAAGUCAGAUAUAGUAGAUGUGUGUCAAAGUAAAGUACACUCUCCCUUAUAUUUUUGAGAGGCACAGUAGAGCAAUCUGGAAGCCAGAUGAUUUGGGUUCAAAUUGUGGCUUGGGUACUUAUUAGCCAUGAACUUGAAGAAUUAAACUCUUCUUUUAAAAUAGGGGUUAAAAGCUAACUAGGGCUACAGUGAGGAUUAAAUGAGUUACUGAAUACAUCUAAUGUAAUUAAGAGUAGUGCUUAAUAGUAAAUGCUUAAUAAAUGCUAAUUAUUAUAACUUUAAUUCAUGUGGACAGACAUAAUAGGCAGUAAUAUUUUUCACAUUAUUCUGCAACCUGCUUCUUGUAUAGCACAUGUCACAGUUUUCUAUACCAGGCCUCACCAAUUACUUAACACUUACAUAUGAUUCAGUCAUAUUAAUGCAUCAGAAUUUAACCAUCCCUAUACUGGACCCUUGUACAUGUCUUUGCCUAUCUGUCCAGGUUUUUCUGUAGGAACAAUUCCUAAAGUGAACAGAGUCAAAGGGCAUGUUCAUUUACAAUUUUGGUAUAUGCCUUUUAUAAAUGUUGUAUUAAUUGAUAGUCACAAAUGACUGACCUUUAAACAAGCCUUAGUGGUAUAAGAGCUCCUAUGGGAAGUCUAACAUCAAUGACUGGCUAAUAUUAAUAGACUCUGUAAAGAUAUCAUUUAGCAUUGUAUAUAUGUUGAAUAAAGUAUUUUCAAAAUUCCA